AUGGCACACAACCCCCCAACACCCGACUCCCAACAAACAUGGUAUACCCGACUCGCAGAUCGCUACGGCAGCCUCGAGCUUGAGAAUAAAGGCAGCGUGGCACGCGACCACCUCGCACUAGAAAGAACAUUCCUAGCCUGGAUGCGCACCUCCCUCGCCUUCGCCUCCAUCGGCAUAGCCGUAACCCAACUCUUCCGUCUAAACAGUACCUCUUCCGCAAACACGCACUCCAAUGCUUUCUAUCCCAAUCCCGAUAUCCUGCCUCCGCACCUCGCCUCGGAAUACCAGCCAGCCGCGUUCCCGCCCUCUGCAAACUCCCGUCUCCGUAGCGUGGGUAAACCACUCGGGUCGACGUUCAUUGGUGUCGCCAUACUCAUUCUUCUUAUUGGGUUUCACCGGUACUUUGAGAGCCAGUAUUGGAUUGUCAGGGGCAAGUUUCCGGCUAGCCGGGGAGUGUGGCGUUGA